AUGAAGAUAUCCUCAAUUUUGUCAAUUGCCGCUUUAGCCUCAGUUAUAUCAGCUGCUCCAACUGUUACCGCACCACCAAAUGCGGACGCUACCGAUGGUACAAACUGGUCGACUUACCCCGCUGUCCCCAAAACAGCUUCAAUCAAUGGGUUUGCUGAUAGAAUCUAUGACCAAUUGCCAGAGUGUGCUAAGCCAUGUAUGAAUCAAGAUACCGGUUCAACUCCAUGCCCAUACUGGGACACUGGAUGUUUGUGUGUUAUGCCUCAAUUUGCCGGACCCAUUGGAAACUGUAUUGCCAAUAACUGUAAAGGCACCCCAGUCCAAACUGCUACUUCAUUGGCUUCUUCCAUUUGUUCUAGUGCAGGUGUUUGGUCUCCAUACUGGAUGAUUCCACCAACCGUCAAGACCAAAUUGGACUCUGCAGCUGCGGUAACUACCGCAGCUUAA